UUGUGUUGCGUCCGCAGGUAUUACGGAAGCGCUGAGAAAGUGAUGUCACCUGUGCUGACCGGGUUCGUUGUCCUGGCCGCAAUGGCGUAUUGCGGUGAGGCCCAGUAUUUCAGCCAGCAGCCCUUAUACUAUGCUGGUGAUCAACAACAACAACAACAACAACAACCACAACAGCGCCCCCAACGCGUGCUGGUCCAGCAGCAGCAGCAACCCCGUCGUCAACCCGUCCUGCAGCAAGUCUACAAGCCCCAGGACUUCUUCCAGCAACCCUACGAACCCCAAUUCGGUGCCCAGCAACUGCGUCCAAUAUCAUCACCCGUCAACCCGGCCCAACGAAACGGGGCCGCCCGUCAACUGUCGUCUUCUUCGUCUUCCGGUUGCCCGGACGAGUACCCCACCGAGGACCCGAGCCAAUGCGACAAAUACUACGCUUGCGAAAACGGGGAACGGGUGGAAAAGCUGUGUGCGGACGGGCUGGUGUUCAAUCCCAGGGUGUCCAGGUCGAGACGGAAUGACCCCUGUUUCUACCCGCAAGAGGUCGAAUGCGGGUCGAGAUCUGAACGUCAGCCCGCUCAACCUUCGGACCAGUGCCCACACCAAUUCGCACUUUUUGGAACUGGCGACCGGGCCAACUGUGGUCAGUAUGUGAGCUGUGCCAACGGGGUCGCUUACACACUGCCUUGCCCUGCUGACCUGGCCUUCUCUGAUGACACUGGCCGCUGCGAAUGGCCUGAUGAAGUCAGGACUUGUGAUGCUUCAGCAUACCUGCAGUUCUCAUGCCCCCCACCAUCUGCUGAGGGUGCCUUGGACUACUACCCUGACCCCAGUGACCGCAGAAGGUUCUUUGUCUGUGUUGAUGGGCUUCCAAGGAGAAUCACUUGUGGAGAAGACUCUGAAUACAACCCUGAAACCCAGACCUGCUAUGGUGGGCCUGAGAGCGCGGAGAGGGCUAAUUAUGCUGGAAACGGCCAGAACUUCAUCAAGUAGGAAGCAGCAGUGACAUGCCUUGACCUUUUUGUUUAAACCUGUUUUUAUACAGAUCUCUGAAGAAAAAUUUUAGUUUCUUGCCAUGACUUGUUCUUGCUGGAAGUUCUGUGCUAAAUUGCUAGGUGCUCACUCAGCACAAAUUUUCAGCUGAAAAAUAAAAAAGAUGUUCUCUGAAUUGGAAUUCAGUGACAGUCUGCAAGUCUGAAGAGAGGGAUUUUUUUCUGGGUUGAGAAAAAUGCUCAGACAGUGUUUCAAAAGUUUACUCAAACUUUCGUUGGUCUGAAUAAAGGUGAGAAUUCCGAAAAAA